AUGCCUCUGCCCAAACGUCAAACGAUAACAGGAAAGAACGGAAAAACUGCGCCGGCUGCUGGCGACUCUCGAUUCUCAAAUUUCGAGACCGACCCCAAAUUCCGACUGCCAUCGAAGAAACACACCAAGACCAAACUCGAUACGCGAUUCUCAAGACUACGAAGUGAUCCAGACUUUUACAACAAGGCUACCGUUGACAAGUAUGGCCGAAAGAUUGACAGAGACGCUGGGAAAAAGGUUCUCGAAAAGCUCUACGACCUAGAAGACGAUGACGAGCCAAGGUUGGAGCGACCAGCAGAGAAGAAACGAGACAGAGCAGUGCUAAAGGAGCUACAGCGGGUAGAAAAGCAAGGAUUCGAUCCAAUACGAGACGGAGGGCUGGAGUCUUCCUCGGAUGAAAGUUCAAGCGACGAAGGAGAAGACGAGGUUGAGGCACAGACUGAACUUGCUGGGGGGAAUCAUGAUGUGCCCACUGGUGACAUCUCCGCGAGACUGGCGGCCGUGAACAUGGACUGGGACAACAUAAGAGCUAGCGACAUUAUGGCAGUUGCAAACUCGUUCGUUCCAGUGGACGGGCGGAUAGUAAGCGUUUCUAUCUAUCCCAGCGAGUUCGGCAUGGAACGUAUGCAACGGGAGGAAAUCGAAGGGCCACCUCGCGAGAUUUUUGCAUCCACCGCGAAGAAAAACAAGGACAACAUUGCUGCACUGGACGAAUCAAACACUUCGGAUUCAGAACACGAGGACAGGAUUAAGCAAGAGUUGCAAGGAGACGACACGGCUGAGGAAUUCGACUCGACUGCGCUGCGCACCUACCAACUUGACCGCCUUCGAUACUACUAUGCCAUCAUAACCUGCUCGUCUGCCAACGUCGCGAAGGCUAUUUAUGACAACCUGGACGGACGCGAGUACCUUACAAGCGCCAACUUUUUCGACCUCAGAUUUGUACCUGAUGGGACGGAAUUUGACCAGGACAUUCAUGAUGAGUGUACAAGACUACCCGAUGGCUAUAAGCCCAAUGAAUUCACCACCGGCGCCCUCACACAUUCCAAGGUCAAACUGACAUGGGAUGCGGAUGAUACAACACGACAAGAGGUGCAGAAGCGUGCCUUUUCACGCAAGGAGAUUGACGAGAAUGAAUUGCAAGCUUACUUAGGCACGGACUCAUCAUCAUCCGAAGACGAGGCAGAGGCCGCAAAGGCAGAAAAAGCAGCAAGUUUACGAAAGGCCUUGGGUCUGGAAGCUUCUGCCAGAUCCUCCAAACCUAAAGUCAAGCCAUCAGCGAAACGAGACCGUGACUUUCCAAAGCCGGACAAUGAGAUGCAGAUCACAUUUACUGGGGGCCUGUUGAACAGUGCCAGCAAAGACUCGGUAUUCGAGAAUGACAUUCCUUUGCAGGAGACUACUAUGGAGAGGUACAUUCGUAAAGAAAAGGAAAGGAAACAAAAGCGAAAGGAAAAGUACGAAGCCAAGAAGAAGGGAAUAGAGCUGGGCGCUGAAGGCUCAAACGAAGGCAAUGUACCAGGAAAGGCCACCACUGAUGAUCCAUUCGAUGACCCCUUCUUCGCAUCGGACCCUGAGGAGGCCGCGAAAGAAAUCAAGCAGGCGAAGAAGUCAAAGAGAGCCAAGAAGCGCGAAGAGCAAGACGCCCAAGACGAAGCUAAUGCAGCUGAACGUGCGAAUCUCGAACUUCUUAUGGCAGACGAGAAUAACGAUACGAUGCGGCACUUCAACAUGAACGAAAUCGUCAAGGCGGAGAAGCUGAAGAAGAAGGGUAAGAAGGCGAAGAAGGAUGCGGUGGUUGCGGAGGACAACUUCGAUCUCAAUACUGGCGAUCCACGAUUCGCGAAGCUCUAUGAAAGCCAUGAGUUUGCUAUUGAUCCGACGAACCCAAAGUUCAAGGAGACAGCGGGUAUGAAGAAGUUGCUAGAGGAGGGCCGCAAGAAGCGGAAGCAAGGCAAGGGUGAAGAUGAUGCUGAGACUGACAGGAUUAACAAGAAGUCAAAGCAGCAGGCCGCUGGGGUGGAGGAUGACGUUAUGAAGUUGGCCGCACGUGUGAAGGCGAAGAGUAGGGCGAAAUGA